UAUGAAACCACAGAAUGACACCUGAUGAACUCCUGGUGGCUGUUGGGAAAGUUCGACCGUCAUCACUUCCUGCUCUGUAAACCACCUGAAACAGUUUGUUGUCAUGGCGACGUCAGGGGAAAGGUUGACUCUGUUGUUAUGGUGUGUGUGUGUUUGUGUGUGUGUGUGUGUUUGUGUGUGUGUAAAGGUCAGGUGACCUCUGUGUGUGUAUGUGUGUGUGUGUAUAAAGGUCAGGUGACCUGUGUGUGUGUGUGUGUGUGUGUGUGUGUGUUCAGGACUCUUCCCAUGCUGACUCAGCAGUGAUCAGCUGUUUGUUCAGGCAGCAGCAGCAGCUCCUAACAAAGGCGGCCGUGCUGUUUCCAGAGCGCCGUCCUCCAUAAAGCCCGGGCCCGAGCGGCUCUGAGUGGUUUGACAUUGAGCUGCUGCAUCAUGCCUCUGCCCCGACGCCGCUCAUCUUUCCUGGGACAGCCGUCCUCCGAGCGCCCCGCCGCCGCCUCCAGCAGGAGGAUCAGCUCAGCCACCGCGGCCGCACCUCGUGGCGUCUUCGUGGGCUCUGCCUCUCCAAUGGGCGGGGCGUCCUGCCUGGGGACACGAGUGUCCCAACGCGUCCUGGGCAUCAGCAGCGUGUUCCUGCAGGGACUGAGGAGCAGCACGGCCCCGGUGCUGCCUCGCGCCGGGCAUCGGGCGGUGGGUCACGGCACAACGUCAGCCAGUCUGAACAGCUCCCUGAUGGAGUACAGAGACAAAGUGAGAGCUCUGGAAGACCUGAACCAGCAGCUGGAAGACCAGAUCCGACUGAGUCUGGACCGCAAGGCAUCCAGCGCCGGAGCUUGGGGACCCCUCAGGAGGGAGUGGGAGGACGUCUACAGACAGGUCAGUGAAGCCAUCCUGGACAAUGCUCGUCUGAUCCUGCAGACGGAGAACGUUCAGGCCAACGCCAAGGACUUCAAGGACAGGUACGAGGACGAGCAGCCGUUCAGGAAGGCGGUGCAGGAAGAGAUCAGCUCGCUGUUCAAAGUGAUCGACGACGCAGAGCUGACGAAGGUGGAGCUUGAGGAGCAGAUGGAGAACAUGAGAGCUGAACUCCGUAGUCUGGAUCAGAACCACGAGCAGGAUGUGCGAGUCCUCUACAAUCAGCUGGCAGGGCGUGAAGUGGACGAACUUGACGCUCCCAUAGAGACCAGUCUGGACCAGAUUCUGGCCUACAUCAGGAGCCACUGGGAGAAGGUGACGGAGAAGAACCGAGCCGAGAGUGACGUCUACCUGGAGUGUAAGGAGACGCAGUGUGGGAGCAGACUGAGUCCUGAAGAGGAGCAGGUGGAGGCACUGAAGGCCGAGUGUAACGACACCGGCUGUAAGAUCCAGAGUCUGCAGGCAGAGACCGAGUCCAUCAGGGCGCUGAAACGAGGUCUGGAGAACUCCCUGAGUGAUGCCCGGCACUGGCACGGCGUGGAGCUGCAGAAUCUGGGCUCAGUGGUGUCCAAACUGGAGGCAGAGCUGGGCGACGUGCGUAGUGAGAUUGAACAGCAGCGCCGCAACUACGACACACUGAUGAGCAACAAGCAGCGCCUGGAGCAGGAGAUCAGCAUGUACCAUGGGAUCCUGGACGGGGAGGAGAGCCGCUUCCAGCCCACCGAGGCACCGUGUCCAGGUCUGCAUCCAGAGCCUGAGGGAGCUGCUCCAGACUCCAGGGCCGACUUUCCAAGACCUCCAGGACCUCCAGGACAGUGAUCCCAGUGAAGGACCUGAGGAGCAGCCUGUAGUCCAGCAGAGACCUGAUGUUUGUGUUUACUCAGAUAAACGUGGACUAUGUGAGGUUGAACUGUUCUCUGCUGGAAGAUUUCCUAUCUGGUGAAGUGUGCAGGUGUGAAUGGCGCUGAGGACCUGCAGCAGGAAGUCCAGAGUGAACCAAACUCAGCGCUAUGUGUUGGUCGAGAUGUCGAUCAGUCUGAGAUCAUGUGAUCUGAAUCUGAGCUGAUGAUAAAACAGCUGGAUGUGAAUGCGAUGAGUCAGGUAAACCUGCUCCAGAACACCUGAGGACCGCACCUGAACCGGACCUUUGGGCCACACUACAGAGAAUUCUGAUUUUGGAUUCAUCAAGCAUUUGUUUGGUCAAGAUUAUUAGACAUUAUGUCAGAUUGUAUGAUACUAAAUAAAGAUUGAA